GCUGCAGCAGCGGGACAACAGCCGCCCCUUCUCACAGCCGGAGCUCUGACGUUUGUUUGUUUUUUUACGCACAGCCAUGAUCCUGACGCACAGGUGAACUUCUUUCCUCAACAGCGCAGCAGCAACAACUCAACGUGGGAGCCAUGUCCAGGAAGAAGGCAGCGAAGGGAAAAGGGAGCUCCAAGAGCCCAAAGGCGUCUCCGAGCGGGGGGCGGACGGCGAAGGGUCUGGCCGCCGGCGCUCCGUCCUCGGCGCUGGUCUACCCGAGUAGACCCUCCAUCAGCAACAGCGGCGAGUUCUACGACAUCGCUUUCAAGGUGAUGCUGGUGGGGGACUCGGGUGUGGGAAAGACCUGCCUGCUGGUUCGAUUUAAGGACGGAGCCUUUUUAGCCGGGAGUUUCAUCUCCACUGUCGGCAUCGAUUUCAGGAAUAAAGUCAUGAGCAUCGACAGCGUCAAGGUCAAACUGCAGAUUUGGGACACCGCUGGUCAGGAGCGUUUCCGCAGCGUCACACAUGCCUAUUACCGGGAUGCCAACGCUCUGCUGCUGCUUUAUGAUGUCACCAACAGAGCAUCCUUUGACAACAUCCGGGCAUGGCUGACAGAAAUUCACGAGUACGCCCAGCAAGACGUGGUCGUCAUGCUGCUGGGCAACAAGGCUGACUCCCCACAUGACAGGGUGGUGAAGCGAGAGGAAGGCGAGAAACUGGCAAAGGAGUUUGGAGUACCCUUCAUGGAGACGAGUGCUAAAUCAGGACUGAAUGUGGAGUUGGCCUUCACUGCUGUGGCCAAAGAACUGAAGCACCGGACCAUGAAGGAACCCGAUGAGCCGAAGUUUCAGCUACAGCAGUACGUGGACAAAGAAAUGAGGGUUGCUGGCUGCUGCCGGUCCUAGACAAUGUCCCAUGUGUCUAUCAUGGUUGUACUGUAGGCAGUCAAAGGAAACAGGGACAUUAUUUUCAUUAUUAUUAUUAUUAUUAACUACACAAUAAGCUAGAGUACAUGUGUGUCUGGGAACGACCCCGAAACUCACUCACUGUCUCGGUGAUUAAAAGGCCAACCUGCUCUCCCAUAACCAACCCAUCUGCUGCAACUGUGAAUGUAAAAUAAUUCCUGUCCACAUGCAUGUCCACACACACGUUUCAGCUCAGUUCACUGCCUGCAGGAUCUAUGUUGGCGAGUUUCUCAUAUGUGAUGUAAAUAUUUAAAAAAUAAUUUAGAUUUUGUCUGUUCGGCGCUUAGUGGUUUGUUAAAGCAUUAGAACAGAACUGGGUGUCAAAGAUGUUGUACAGUUUAUCAAAUCAACCUCAAGAAAGCAACAAAAAGAAUUAACCCUAUCAAACUCAUUUGUACCCUGAACUGAUGCAGCUAAAGUAAGUUUCUAAAGCCACUGUGUCUACUUGUACAGUAUAUAAGCUGUUUUAUUGAUGUCUGUGAAACUCAAUCGGAGUGUUCGUCCCUAUGUAUGCUCUACAUUUCAGAUAUGUGAUAAGAUUUUGGCACUAAACUGCAUUCAAUUUCUCAGUAAUUUUCACACAAAAUGAAAUGUAAAUAACCACAUCAUCAGCAAAAGACUGUACUCUGCACUUUAUCACAUAGACACAGAGGGGGUGUUUUUACUUAGAUGAUGUCCAACUUAUUUAUGAUGAUUAAAAAUGCUAUCAAUGUUUUUUUUAUGAUUAUAAAAUGUUUCAUUGCAAAGUACAUACAAUUGGUAUUCGAUGUAAAGGUUCACUCUAAUAAAACGGUCUCAUUUAAAGCCCUUUCAUUA